UAAAUGCUUCUGUUUUGUCAUUAAAAUGAUUUUUCAGAAAGUUAUCGAAUUCUUCGCUAUCUAAUCAUACAAACAAGUCAACUUAGUAUAAAACUUGGCACACUUGGACGUAGAGAGCGCAGUACCAGAGUUCACAGUGUUUCGCGAUAUUUGUGAUUUAAAAAAUAAUACGAAAAUGAUUUCGAAAAGUUUGUUAUUUGUAUUCCUGCUCAGCGCACCAUUACUGGUAACGGCUCAAAUGUGCGAACAUAUGGACAUUACACCCCAUCCGCAAUGGUGUUCGGCAUUCUUUGUGUGUAGAUUUGGUUUUUGGGCAGUAUUUGUGUGUCCCGGCGGCCUAAUGUACAAUCCAGUAAUUUUCCGUUGUGAUUUCCCGGAAAAUGUCGAUUGUGUUAACGACCCUGAACUUACAACACCGGAAUGGACCAGUCCUACAUUCAGUACACCAUCAGUUCCAACACGAACUAUUCCAACCCGGACUAUUCCAACGCGGACUACUCCAACCAGCUACACCGACCUGGACUACUCCAAUCAUACCAACCCGUACAACCAGGUUUUAAAGAACUAAAUAUUGAAAUAGAUGAUAAUGGACUAAUAAAUUGUUAAAACGGCA